AUGCACACAGUACUGACAUGGACAACCCGACGACCAGGCAAGACCGCCCCCCGUCUUGUACAAGAUAUAUACGAAUAUGAUCCUGCUCACCCUCCAGCGACCGGCCGCAAUCUGCUCGCGGACGUCCCGCCAGUGUUUCCUGAAUAUUACAAUGGACCGCUAGAACAUAUCUCAUCGGCGGCAUGCCGCCAUAAUUUUGUAUCGAAACCAGCACAGAGUUAUGUCCCUCAGUCGGAACAAGGCAACACUGGAGCCUCUACAAAGGUGUCGGCUGUGUGCUUGAUGUGCCGCUAUCAUCUGCAAGUUGAGGUGAGCUCUACGCCCGGUAUUGGUCAACCUAGCACGAGAUUUUCAGACCACGUACAUCAUCUGGUAUAUAAGUCCGGAAAGCACAGAGGCGGCGCAGCGCCGGAGGAGGUCAGUCCCAAGGGACAGAUGCUGGAGAUGUUCCAUUAUGAAUGUUCAUAUUUGUCUUGCUCCGUCGCAGUAUCUUUGCGGUUCGCCUCACCUGUGCUUAAUGAUGACCGGGUGCGACUGUUGACAGACCCCGAAGUGCUGCGACAGCGGGCGAACGAGGCAUUUGCAGCCCAUCCUGACCGUCUGGAAGGAGUUGCUCCACCCACACCUAUCAAUGUCUUGCUGAACCUGCGUACAUAUAUCAGCAACGCUCUUCUUGAUAGCCAACAAAGCAAGUCAAUCUCAGCAGUUAAUAAAAGAUUUAUGACGUGUUUCGGAGUUGAAGGGAAGCCUUGCAAAGACCUGUUAGAAUUCCUGGGAUUUAGCUCUAAGAACGAAGGCUUUUGGGAACCUCCUCGACCGAAUCCGUGGGCAGAGUUUCCCUAUCGCGAUCAACUCAAGAUAUUUCUCGAUGACGUUAUACACGAACUUACAGCGCUCAUCGAACAGAGGCCAGUGGUAGAGAAGAAGGGCCACCAGCUAGAAUUUAUUCGUCAACCGGUCUUCAACGAUCUUCUCUAUGCACUGGGAUCUUUGGACUACCCGAAGGCCUCACGAUCAAGUGAAUUUCAGAUGGCUCCUCAACCUUACUACGAAGACCUGGGUGUUGUCGAGGACAUGGCGGCUUCAUCAAUCAUAGAGGCUUUUAACCGACAAGUCUCGGUGGAUCCUGCUAGGACUCCUGUCUACUUGAAGUGUCUGAAGUCAAUCGGGAUUCUCAGAGGAGGAGAAGAUGGUUCUCUUAUAGACCAGGCAGUUCAGGUAGCCUACUCCGAAGGGAAAUAUACCGAAGAGGACGUGGUUGAUGCCUACAAGUACUUUGGCCUAAGUCACGACGAUCAGCGACUCACGGAAGAAAGCAUCAUUGGGAAAUUCUAUGCUUAUCUAGGUGCCACUACUGCUGUUCAGGAGACUGAGACCCGCAGACAACUAUGGAGGAUAGGAGAUAGCAGGCGGAGUGAGCGGAUCAAGGCAGCAGCGGAAGAAAGGGUGUCAACUGCUGAGCAGGCCCGGGUUUUCCUUGGCGUCAGCGCUGAUACGCCUGAUGAUUUUGUUAUGGCAGUUUACACAGCUAAAGUCAAUGACAACCCAUCGAGCCGGGAUCUUGCUCGCCGUGCAGUCCAGCUGCUAGCAGAAGAGCGAAAAUCGGAAGCCUUGAAACAUUUUCUCAAGACAGGCGAAAUGACUGCCGGUGAGAUGGACGUUGCUGAUGCCUACCGUCUCCUUCAGAUACCCGACCGCACCGUGGAUGAGGGAGCAAUCAUGGCAGCAUACACUAUCUGUGUGGAUGAAGCUCCAGCACAAGCUGAGAACUACAAUCAGGCGUUGCGGAUUAUCGCGAAAGAUAAGAAUAGCCCUCUGCUGAGCAAUAUGGUUUCUGGUUCUACCACUAAACCUGACCGUAACUUGGCUGAAUGGCCAGUUGGACUGCAGAAUAUUGGCAAUACCUGCUACCUCAACAGUCUGUUGCAAUUCUAUUUUUCAAUUCGUCCAUACCGUGAUAUGGUCUUGGACUUCGAGAAAUUCAAAAUGGAGAUAAAUGAGGACAUGUUGGGCCAAAAACAGGUGGGGUCUCGCAAGGUUUCGCAAAAGGAGGUUGAGCAGUCCCAACGUUUCCUUAGCGAGUUGCGAACUCUUUUCAAUGACAUGAUCACUGCCCCAGCAACUUACGUUAUUCCCACCCAGGAGCUGGCGCGGUUGACGCUGAUCAGCCCGUCUAACGAAGCCGCUAUUCGUCGCCGGUCGACGCUGUCUGGAAUCAGACCUAGUGCUCUCGGUGAAAUCAACGGUGUGCCAGUUAUGGGACCUCUCGGGCCCCCACAGCUGACUCCGGAAAGUGAAGUCAAGGGGCCCAUAGCUCCCGAGCCAGAGAAACCCCAACGUUCAACGACAAGCGAUGUUGAUAGCGAGGCAACUCUUGUUUCUGAUGGCGCCAGGAUCGAUGCCACAGUCCCGUCUUCUAAUGACAAGGAACCCGAGCCUCUAGUUACAGAUCCUACAAAGAUGGACGUGCAGGACGUGUUAACCCCUGAGGCAGUUGAGUACCAACCAUCCGACAAACCGACUUCUGGUGAGCAGAAUGAGUUGUCUAGCCAGCCUCCUCCAGUUCCUCCACGGCCUGGUCCUCAACCUGACCCGCAGAAGCAACUUAUAGAGGAAGUAGAGAUUGGAGCUCAGCAGGAUGUGACAGAAGUAAUCAAUAAUGUCCUGUUCCAGAGUCAAUGUGCCAUCAAGCCAAUUUCGCUUGCUCCAGACGGUGAGCAGCUCGAUCAGGUGAAAGACUUGUUUUACGGCAAAGCCAAGUCCUACAUCCAAACAACUGAAGGAGUGCGAUCAAAGGAAGAAUGGUGGUGUGAUAUAAAGAUCGACGUCGCCACUGGAUCACGAGAUAUCUAUGCUGCCAUUGACGGUGCUUUUGACGUCCAGAAAGUUAGCGUAGGUAAUUCGGUGGCGGAACAGUUUAGUGCAAUCAGCAAGCUGCCGCCAGUUCUCCAGGUUCAGGUCCAGCGUGUCCAGUUCGAUCCUGUCAAGAAGCGCUCCUUCAAGUCCACCCACCAUUUAGAAUUGAAGGAGACUAUCUACCUUGAUCGGUAUAUGGACACCCAACAACCCGAAAUUUUGAAUCGCCGUCGUCAGUGUUGGGAAUGGAAAAAUGCAUUAAGAACGCUCGAGGCUCGUCGAGCAGAGUUGCAACGCCAAAGUGUAUGA